AUGGUCGCCGCUCCCAAGGUCAACGUCGGUACGACGGCUGACCCCAUCGUCACCCGCCUCGCUGAUGAGGACAAGGUGCCGUGGUACAAGAAGCGCAACCUGCGUCUCAUGUACCUCUGGCUCUUCUGCUGCUGUAUGGGUGUUGAGAUGACGUCUGGCUUCGACUCCCAGCUCAUCAACACCCUCCAGUUCUCCUCUGCUUUCCACAAGUAUUUCAGCGGUGGCCGCCUGGAUGACAAGGACAACUUUGCCAUUGAGCCCGGUAUGCUCGGUUUCAUCAACUCGUGCUACCAGCUCGGCUCCAUCUUCGCCGUCCCCAUUGCUCCGUGGUUCGCCCACCGCUUCGGUCGUCGAUGGUCCAUCAUGCUCGGCUCGUGGAUCAUGGUCGUCGGUGCCCUUAUCCAAGGCUUUGCUCAGCACGUCGCCAUGUACAUCAUUGCCCGCAUGCUCCUCGGUGUCGGCAUUCUCUUCGCCAUCAUUUCCGGCGCCGCCUUGAUCGGUGAACUCAGCCACCCCAAGGAGCGCGCCAUCCUCACCUCGCUCUUCAACUCGUCCUACUUCAUCGGCCAGAUCAUCUCCUCUGGCAUCGCCACCCGCACUAGCACCAUCGAGAGCGACGUCGCCUGGCGUCUGCCCUCUCUUCUCCAGAUCUGCCCUUCGCUGCUCCAGAUCUUCACCGUCUUCUUGCUCCCCGAGUCCCCCGCUGAAAUCGUGCAGAUCCGCGAGACCAUCAAGGCCGAGAUGGAGGUGUCCAAGCAGUCCUGGUUCGACCUCUUCCGGUCCCCGCUCUCCGGCAACACCCUGCUCAGCUACUACUCCAACAUCCUCUUCGGCAUGAUGGGCUUCACCGACGUCGACACCAAGACCAAGAUCAACGUGUCCAACUCCGUGUGGAGCUUGCAUGAUGUGCGUCUUCAUCGCCAUGACCAUCUCCUCCAGAGGAUCCAGGUCGCCCUCGAUGACGGCAAGAAGAACACCAGCGCGGGUAUCUCUGCGCUCUUCUGGUACUUUGCCUUUUCGCCCUGCUACAACAUUGGCAACAACGCCCUUACCUAUACCUACCUCGUCGAGCUUUGGCCCUACGCCCAACGAAGCCGUGGUAUCGGUGUCCAGCAGAUCUUUGGCAAGCUUGCCGGUUUCUUCUCCACCAACGUCAACUCCAUCGCCCUCAACAAGAUCGCCUGGAAGUACCUCGCCAUCUACUGCGGCUGGAUCUUCUUCGACUGGCUUUCCGACAAGGAGUACAACGACAGGAUGGCGUCCGCCGUCGAGAAGCACAUCAACUACGACGACACCACGGCGCCGCCAGAAUCCAAGGAGAGGCAGAAUGUCUAA